AUGGAGACGUUUACAAUACACGAAAUGCUCAUAAAUUCGACUGACCUGAAUAAGAUUUUAUGUAAUUUUGGGAUCAACAUUUCGGAGUGCGAGAGCGAGGAGGAACCUUCACCCGAACCCAAAGACAUCAACCAGACAGUGCGGAUCAUCCUCUACAGCCUCAUCUUCCUCCUCAGCGUCCUGGGAAACAGCCUCAUCAUCUGCGUCCUGGUGAGGAACAGGCGAAUGAGGACCGUCACCAACCUCUUCCUGCUGUCUUUGUCCAUCAGCGACCUGAUGGUCUCCCUGUUCUGUAUCCCCUUCACCCUCAUCCCCAACCUCAUGAGGGACUUCAUCUUCGGCACCAGCAUAUGCAAGCUGGUCAUGUACUUCAUGGGUGUCUCAGUGAGUGUUUCCACGUUCAACUUGGUGGCCAUCUCCCUGGAGCGCUACAGCGCCAUUUGCAACCCGCUGACCUCCAGGACGUGGCAAACCAAAUCCCACGCCGCCAAGGUCAUCACUGCCACCUGGAUGGCGUCCUUCAUCCUGAUGCUACCGUAUCCCAUUUCUAGCGGACUCAAGCCCUUCACACGCUACAAUAACAGCACCGGGUACAUGUGCCGUCUGGUGUGGUCCAACGACGUCAUCCAGCAGUCCUGGUACGUGUCCCUGUUGUUGCUGCUCUUCCUAAUCCCCGGGAUCGUCAUGAUGACAGCCUAUGGACUAAUUUGCCUGGAACUGUACCGCGGCAUCACGUUUGAGCAGUCCAGCAGGAAAGAAAGACAAUCCAGCACGGGCAGCAUCAAGCCCGGUGAAAGCGAUGGCUGUUACCUGCAGCCGUCUAAGAGAAAGAGCAUCACCGGGUUUGCAGGAAGCAGCAAGCCAAAAGCAAGCCGUGUGUGCAGCAGCAGCUCUUCGGCCAACCUGAUGGCCAAGAAGCGUGUGAUCCGCAUGCUCCUGGUCAUCGUCUUCCUCUUCUUCCUGUGCUGGACUCCUGUCUUUGUGGUCAACGCGUGGCAGGCUUUCGACCGGCGCUCGGCCUACCGCCUGACCGGGGCGCCCAUCUCCUACAUCCACCUGCUGUCCUACACCUCAGCCUGUGUCAACCCAAUUAUUUACUGCUUCAUGAACAAGCGCUUCCGCCAGGGCAUGCUGACCACGUUCACCUGCUGCAGCUGCUUGAGGAAGAGCGGUGGAGGGAGCGGCGGCGGCGCCUUGGGGAGGUCAGCUGGAAGCGGGGCAGCUAAAGGGGAAGUGGGCAGAUUAAGACUGGGGCCAAAGACCCCUGAGAACAACGGUCAAACCCCCCCAAACGGAGCCAGCACACGCUUCACCUACACCGGCAUUCGUGCAUCAGCUUGGAGGGUUGUACUGUGUUUGCUAUGGGAACUGGAGAGGCCUUAUCAUUUAGUGGGAUUUUGAACACCUGUAUCCCCUCUUUUUCAAAGAGCUAAUUCCCGGCAUCCCCCCCCCCCCCCCUCGAUUCCCACUGUUAAAUAUAGCAGCGUUCAUGUAGCAACUUAUUCCCGUUUUCUCGUUUUACAUGUGUUGCAAUGUCAAUAUUGUUGUAUAAAUUCUUACAGGUUUGAUGCUUUAAUGAAGUUUUAGUGCAUGAUGAUGUGCCUAUUUGGACAGAAGACUUGUUAAACCUUCACAUAAUUGAAUGUAAAUGUGAUUUUACAGGUUUAUAGAUAUUUCAAAGUGGAUCUGGGGAAGUUCUUUUUGUUAUGUACAGACACACAAGCCAUCUCCGUGUAACCAACGUCUGGUUGACCAUAUAAAGACCUCGAGCGCCCAGUGUGCAAAUGUGUCUGCGGAGGCUUGGAGCAGAGUAACUUGGAGCUUUUAACAGCUUUAAUAAAAGUGGAUCUAAAGAGGACAAGAGGGUAUUAGGGUCCAGACAAGUGGUGGAAAGAAAAGGAGGAAUCUGCUGGGACUUCUUUCCCAACAAUAAGAGCUCCAUCUGGGCUUGAUCGAUCACUGGAGGAGGGAAGAUGCACAAUUCUGGGUUAUUCAUUUUUACUGUGAAAGUACGCUUCUCAUGACAAUAAAAAUAAAAAACCAAACACAGGGAGAUUUUAUAUCACUUUUUUAUUUCUCAUUUUUAUGCCAAUAUUGCAAGUUUUUUUUCUCAUGUUUUUUUCUUCUUUUUAAUGACAUACAGAUUUGAGCAUGAUCUGGAGCUGCAAUAUGUACAAAAACAAAACUAACGUAUGUUAUCAAAAAAAAAAAAAAAAAAACCGUCCCCUUUGUUUUGACGUUAUUGCUAAAUGUUACAAAC